GGGGGGAGGGGAGGGCCCGCGGGCGCCGCCGACCGGGAGCUGCAGCAGCCCCGCCAGGCAGCCGCCUGUGAUGCUGCCGGCCCCCGUCGCCCCGUGGCCCCACGAUGACCCACAGCCCCGCGUCCAGCGAGGACGAGGACCCACACAGCGUCAGCGAGUGUCCCGAGGGGGGCUCCGAGUCCGAGAGCUCCCCAGACGGGCCCGGGAGAGGCCUCCGGGGGACCCGGGGCCGGGGUCACAGCGGAGCACCCCCCACUAGCCUGGCCUCCAUCCGAGGCCUCCAAGGCCGCUCCAUGUCCGUCCCGGACGACGCCCACUUCAGCAUGAUGGUCUUCAGGAUCGGCAUCCCGGACUUGCACCAGACAAAAUGCCUGCGCUUCAACCCCGACGCCACCAUCUGGACGGCCAAGCAGCAGGUGCUGUGCGCGCUGAGCGAGAGCCUGCAGGACGUGCUCAACUACGGCCUCUUCCAGCCCGCCACGUCGGGCCGCGACGCCAACUUCCUGGAGGAGGAGCGGCUGCUGCGGGAGUACCCCCAGUCCUUCGAGAAGGGGGUGCCCUACCUGGAGUUCCGAUACAAGACCCGCGUUUACAAACAGACCAACCUGGACGAGAAACAGCUGGCCAAAUUGCACACCAAGACGGGUUUGAAGAAGUUUCUGGAAUAUGUGCAGCUCGGCACAUCGGACAAGGUGGCCCGUCUGCUGAACAAAGGGCUAGACCCCAACUACCAUGACUCAGAUUCGGGAGAGACGCCCCUGACGCUGGCUGCGCAGACCGAGGGCUCUGUGGAGGUGAUUCGAACCCUGUGCCUAGGCGGGGCCCACAUCGACUUCCGUGCCCGGGAUGGGAUGACGGCUCUGCACAAAGCUGCCUGUGCCCGCCACUGCCCGGCUCUCACGGCGCUCCUGGAUCUUGGGGGGUCCCCCAACUACAAGGACCGCCGGGGGCUGACCCCGCUGUUCCACACUGCGAUGGUGGGGGGCGACCCCCGCUGCUGCGAGCUGCUGCUUUACAACCGGGCCCAGCUGGGCGUGGCGGAUGAGAACGGCUGGCAGGAGAUCCACCAGGCCUGCCAGCGUGGCCACUCCCAGCACCUGGAGCACCUGCUCUUCUACGGGGCCGAGCCUGGAGCACAGAACGCCUCGGGGAACACGGCGCUGCACAUCUGUGCCCUCUACAAUAAGGAAACUUGUGCUCGCGUUCUCCUGUAUCGGGGUGCCAGCAAGGAUGUGAAGAACAACAGUGGACAGACGCCAUUCCAGGUGGCGGUGAUCGCUGGGAAUUUUGAACUGGGGGAGUUGAUUCGAAACCAUCGCGAACAGGAUGUAGUGCCUUUCCAGGAGUCCCCCAAAUACGCGGCCCGGCGCCGGGGCCCCCCUGGAGCGGGGCUGACCGUGCCCCCCACUCUUCUGCGGGCCAACAGUGACACCAGCAUGGCGCUGCCCGACUGGAUGGUGUUUGCCGCGCCAGGGGGCUCGUCCUCAGGAACCCCCGGCCCCAGCUCAGGGCCCCUUGGCCAGUCACAGCCAUCGGCCGUGGGCACCAAGCUCAACACUGGGACCCUGCGAAGUGCCAGCAGCCCUCGGGGGCCCCGGGCCCGCUCCCCAUCCCGCGGGAGGCAGCCGGAGGACGCCAAGAAGCAGCCCCGUGGGCGGCCCAGCUCCAGUGGGACCCCUCGGGAAGGGCCCGCGGGGGGCACCAGCAGCUCAGGGGGACCCGGGGGUUCCCUAGGCAGCCGUGGGCGUCGCCGUAAGCUCUACUCGGCUGUGCCCGGUCGCUCCUUCAUGGCCGUAAAGUCGUACCAGGCCCAAGGCGAGGGCGAGAUUUCUCUGAGUAAAGGCGAGAAGAUCAAAGUGCUCAGUAUCGGGGAAGGAGGCUUCUGGGAAGGCCAGGUCAAAGGUCGUGUUGGCUGGUUCCCUUCGGAGUGCCUGGAGGAGGUGGCCAACCGCUCCCAGGAGGGAAAGCAAGAAAGUCGCAGCGACAAAGCCAAGAGGCUCUUCCGACACUACACUGUGGGGUCCUAUGACAGCUUCGACGCCCCGAGCUUGAAGGAUGGGAUUGGUCCCGGGAGCGAUUACAUCAUCAAGGAGAAGACGGUGCUGCUACAGAAGAAGGACAGUGAGGGCUUUGGCUUCGUGCUGCGGGGGGCCAAGGCGCAGACCCCCAUCGAGGAGUUCACCCCCACGCCGGCCUUUCCCGCGCUGCAGUACCUGGAAUCAGUGGACGAAGGCGGCGUGGCCUGGCGCGCGGGGCUGCGCAUGGGAGAUUUCCUCAUUGAGGUGAAUGGCCAGAACGUGGUGAAGGUGGGUCACAGGCAGGUGGUGAACAUGAUUCGUCAGGGUGGCAACACGCUGAUGGUGAAGGUGGUGAUGGUCACCCGGCACCCCGACAUGGACGAGGCGGCCCACAAGAAAGCUCCCCAGCAGGCUAAGCGACUCCCGCCCCCUGCCAUCUCCCUGCGUUCCAAGUCCAUGACCUCAGAGCUGGAGGAGAUGGUCUCCCCCUGGAAGAAGAAGAGUGAGUACGAGCAGCAGCCGCCACCGCCGCCCGUGCCCAGCAUGGAGAAGAAGCGGACCGUGUACCAGAUGGCGCUCAACAAGCUGGAUGAGAUCUUAGCGGCAGCCCAACAGACCAUCAGCGCCAGCGAGGGGCCCACGCCCGGCGGCCUGGCAUCCCUGGGCAAGCACCGGCCCAAAGGCUACUUUGCCACUGAGUCAAACUUCGACCCCCACCAUCGGUCCCAGCCCAGCUACGAGCGACCUCCUUACCUACCACCAGGCCCUGGGCUUAUGCUUCGGCAGAAAUCGAUAGGGGCUGCCGAGGAUGAGCGGCCCUACCUGGCGCCUCCCGCCAUGAAGUUCAGCCGCAGCCUGUCGGUGCCCGGCUCGGAGGACAUCCCCCCGCCGCCCACCACGUCCCCCCCGGAGCCCCCUUACAGCACCCCUCCCGCCCCGUCCUCCUCGGGCCGCCUCACCCCGUCCCUGCGCGGGGGCCCCUUCAACCCCAGCUCCAGCGUCCACCCGGCCUCGUCGCCGUCGUCCUUCGACGGCCCUUCCCUCCCCGAGGGCCGCCUCGGGGCGCGCGAGCGCAGCCUGUACCACGGCGGGGCCCUGCCGCCCGCGCACCACCACCCGCCCCAUCACCACCACCACGCGCCGCCGCCCCAGACGCACCACCACCACGCGCACCCGCCGCACCCGCCCGAGAUGGAGACGGGGGGCUCCCCCGACGACCCCCCGCCCCGCCUGGCCCUGGGGCCGCAGCCCAGCCUGCGCGGCUGGAGAGGCGGCGGGCCCAGCCCCACGCCGGGCGCCGCGUCCCCGUCGCACCACGCCAGCGUGGCAGGCGGCGGGCCCUCCUCCUCCGCCUCCUCCUCCGUGGCCGCCGCCUCCAUGCAGGCGCCCGCGCUGCGCUACUUCCAGCUGCCCCCGAGGGCGGCCAGCGCGGCCAUGUACGUGCCCGCCCGCUCGGGCCGGGGGCGCAAAGGCCCGCUGGUGAAGCAGACCAAGGUGGAGGGCGAGCCGCAGAAGGGCGGCAGCCUGGCCGCCUCGCCCACGUCGCCCGCGUCCCCGCAGCCGCCGCCCCCCGCCGCGCCGGAGAAGAACUCCAUCCCCAUCCCCACCAUCAUCAUCAAGGCGCCGUCCACCAGCAGCAGCGGCCGCAGCAGCCAGGGCAGCAGCACCGAGGCCGAGCCCCCGGGCCAGGCCGAGCCCACGGGCGGCAGCGGCGGGCCCGGCUCCAACUCCCCGGCGCCCGUGCCCGCGCCCGCGCCGCCCCUCUCUCCGGGGCCGCCCUCGCCCUCGCCCGUGCCCACGCCCGCCUCGCCCAGCGGCCCGGCCACCCUGGACUUCACCAGCCAGUUCGGGGCGGCCCUGGUGGGCGCGGCGCGGCGCGAGGGCGGCUGGCAGAGCGAGGCCCGCCGGCGCUCCACGCUCUUCCUCUCCACCGACGCGGGCGACGAGGACGCACUGGCCGGCGCUGGCAGCGGCGGCGCCGGCACCGGAGUGGGCGCGCCCCCAGGCCCGAGGCUGCGCCACUCCAAGUCCAUCGACGAGGGUAUGUUCUCCGCCGAGCCCUACCUGCGCCUGGAGGCCGGGGCCGGCUCCUACGGGGCCUAUGCGGCGGCCGGGGGUCGCUCCUACACGGGCAGCGGCGGCAGCGGCAGCAGCGCCUUCUCCAGCUUCCUGCCGCCGCGGCCCCUGGUGCACCCGCUGACGGGCAAGGCCCUGGACCCCUCCUCGCCGCUCGGGCUGGCCCUGGCCGCCCGCGAGAGGGCCCUGAAGGAGUCCUCGGAGGGCGGCGUGGCGCCUCAACACGUGCCCAGGCCGCCCUCGCCGCGCUACGACGCGCCGCCACCCACCCCGCACCACCACGAGCCAGUGCUGCGCCUCUGGGGCGCCCCGGACCCGGGGCACCGUCGGGAGCCGAGCUACCGGGCCGGGCUGGGCAGCCAGGAGAAGGCCGUGCUGGCCAGCCCGCCCACCGCGCGCCGCUCCCUGCUGCACCGCCUGCCUCCCACGGCACCCGGUGGCAUGGGGCCGCUCCUGCUGCAGCUGGGCCCCGAGCCCCCAGGCGUGGCCAAAGCCUGGAGGUCCAGCGUCCCCGACGACCCCGACAGGCUACCCCUGCACGUUCGCUUCUUGGAGAACUGCCAGCCCCGCGUGCCCGGUGCCAGCGCCAUCACCAUGCCCGUGGCGCAGGGCGCACCGUCGGAAGACGGGCCCCGGAGAAUGCCGCCGCCGCCGCCUCCAGGUAGUCCACGGCGCUCUGUGCCCGCGUCGCCCACGUCCCCGAGGCCCACCGAGGAGAAUGGCCUCCCCUUGCUGGUGCUGCCGCCGCCUGCGCCAUCCGUGGACGUGGACGACGGCGACCUGCUCUUCGUGGAGCCGCUGCCGCCGCCCCUCGAGUUCUCCAACAGCUUCGAGAAGCCCGAGUCGCCCCACACGAUGCCCACCGCCGAGCAGGUCGCGCCCCCCGCGCCUGCGCCCCCUGCCGUGGCGGCCCCCGCGCCCCCAGCCGCCCUGGACUCCACGCCGUCCAGCCUCACGUCCUACGACAGCGAGGUGGCCACGCUGACGCAGGGGACCCCCGCCACCCCAGGGGACACCCCGGCCGCGGGGCCACCACCACCCGCGCCACCCUCCACGGCUGCCACCGCCUCCUCCGCACCACCCGCCGCUCCCGCGCCCGGCCCCGACCCGCCCGCGCCUGGCACCGACUCGGGCAUCGAGGAGGUGGACAGUCGCAGCAGCAGCGACCACCCGCUGGAGACCAUCAGCAGCGCGUCCACGCUCAGCAGCCUGUCAGCCGAGGGCGGAGCUGGGGGCAGCGCAGGGGGCACCGGCGUGGGCACCGGGCCAGAGCUCCUGGAUACCUACGUGGCCUACUUGGACGGCCAGGCCUUCGGGGGCACCAGCUCGCCGGGACCCCCUUACCCACCGCAGCUCAUGACUCCAUCCAAGCUGCGCGGCCGGGCAUUGGGGGCCGGGGGCCUGCGUGCAGGGCCCGGGGGUGCCCUCCGGGACCCCGUCACCCCCACCAGCCCCACCGUCUCUGUCACCGGGGCCGUCACCGGCACCGACGGGCUCCUGGCCCUGAGCGCAUGUUCCGGACCCUCGACGGCAGGCGUGACCGGGGGCUCGGUGCCCCUGGACCCGGAGGUACCCCCCUUGCCAUCUGCCUCCUCCCUGCCUCGGAAGCUGCUGCCCUGGGAGGAGAGCCCCGGACCCCCACCACCACCCCUGCCCGGUCCCCUGGCACAGCCACAGGCGUCCGCCUUGGCCACGGUCAAAGCCAGCAUCAUCAGCGAACUCAGCUCCAAGCUCCAGCAGUUCGGGGGCUCGCCCGGAGCGGGGGGCGCGCUGCCCUGGGCACGGUCAGGCAGCGGGGCCAGCGGGGACAGUCACCACGGCGGAGCCAGCUACGUGCCCGAGAGGACCUCAUCCCUGCAGCGCCAGAGAAUCUCCGACGACUCCCAGCCCUCCAUCCUCUCCAAACCUGUCAGCAGCCUGUUUCAGAACUGGUCCAAGCCGCCGCUGUCACCGCUGCCCCCAGGAAGCGGGGUGUCCCCUGCAGCUGCCGGGGGCUCCCAGGGGGCCACCUCGCCCUCAGGCUCUUCCUCCUCCACGUCCACCCGCCACCUCCCGGGCGUGGACUUCGAGAUGCGCUCCCCGCUGCUCCGCCGGGCCCCCAGCCCCUCCCUGCUGCCGGCCUCGGAGCACAAGGUCAGCCCCGCACCCCGACCCUCGUCCUUGCCCAUCCUGCCUUCCGGACCCCUCUACCCUGGCCUCUUCGACAUCCGGGGCUCCCCCACCGGAGGCCCAGGAGGCACCGCCGACCCCUUCGCCCCCGUCUUCGUGCCACCGCACCCCGGGAUUUCUGGGGGACUGGGGGGAGCCUUGUCGGGGGCCUCCCGCUCGCUGUCACCCACGAGGCUCCUGUCGCUGCCUCCGGACAAGCCCUUCGGCGCCAAGCCACUGGGCUUCUGGACCAAGUUCGAUGUGGCCGACUGGCUGGAGUGGCUGGGCCUGGCCGAGCACCGAGCCCAGUUUCUGGACCACGAGAUCGACGGGUCCCACUUGCCGGCCCUGACCAAGGAGGACUACGUGGACCUGGGGGUGACCCGCGUGGGCCACCGCAUGAACAUUGACCGGGCCCUCAAGUUCUUCCUGGAAAGGUGAUGGCUGGCCUGGACGGACCCGCCGGUCCGCCGGAACCCCCCUGGACUUCAGAGCCCGGCCUUCCUCCACCCUCCUCCUUGGGGAGGACCGGGGACUCUACGGAGACUGUGCUGCGCCCUGUCCUCCCGAGGUCGAGGCCACUCGUGGGGUGGCCUGUCCUGGCAGACAGACUUUUACAUCACCUCGCUGGAAGGGGCAGCUGAGUAGGAAGGUGGAGGGGGAGAGAGUGGGGUGUGGGGGGUGAGCUGGGGAGGAGGAUGGGUCGAUUCUGGGGAGAGGGGAGGACCAGACAGAGCCAUAGAGGGUGGGCCCGGAACCUGAUGGGAUGGGGGCUGCCCCCCAGGCCUCAGGGAAAGGGGGUGCCCUCAGAUUCCACCACCCUGCCCCCGUCUCCAGGCCCCCCACGCCCCUCCCUGCACACGCUGCAGCCCCGCCCCGGCCUCUUGCACGCCUCUUUGCACUCCUCCUUGCCACGCCCCGCUCCCCAGGCUCCAGUUUUGCACAAAUGCGGCCCUUGCUGUCUUGCACACCCGCCUGCCUUCCCUCGCUGGGGGACGCGAGCUCCUCAUCCCUGCUCACCCCCGCCACCCACCCGUCCCUUGUCCCACCCUCACGCUUGGCUUGGCUUUCUCGCACCCCUGCUGCCGCCUCCUCCUCCUUCCUUCUCUCUGGGGAAUCUCUAGGACCCUUGCUGCAGACACACUUGGGACCCCGUUUCCUUUCUGCACCCCGCUUCUGUACUGGCAACCCCCAGGCAAAUGCUCGCCUGCGCUUCCUUGCAACACUCAACUUCUUACUUCCCCACGCUUCUCUCUCUCUCUCUCUCUCUCUCUCUCUCUCUCCCUCCCUCCCUCCCUCCCUCCCUCCCUCUCCCUCCCUCCCUCCCUCUCUUUCUCUCUCUCCCUCUCUCUCACUCGCUAUCUCGCUCUCUGAGGCUGGGGCGGGGCUGCUCUGCCCCCAUCCAUCUUUCUCUUCCAAAUCUCGUCCAUCCCAUUCUACUCCAGGAACCUUCGGACCCUCACUCACCCCCCACCCACUGCUCCCCGAAACUCUCCACCCCCCAAACAAGGUUCUUGCACACCCUG